AUGUAUCCAUUGUUUGAUGUGUUUUGUCUGAACGAAACCGAAGCCACGAUAACCACUGGAGUGGACGUCAAGAGUAUAGAAGACGGGAAAAAGUCGUGUCGAGUGUUAUUAGAGAGAGGAUGCGGUUCUGUCAUCCUUACGAUGGGAGACAACGGAGCGGUUUAUAUGGACUCAAAGGUGGCCUUUCAUGUGCCCGUUCAACAAAAGGUUACUCCAGUGGACACUACGGGAGCGGGCGAUGCAUUUAUGGGUGCAUUGGCUUAUUAUAUGGUAAGCCAUCCAAACAUUACAAUUGAGGAGCAGAUCAAACGAUCCGUAUAUAUAGCCACCCGAUCUGUGCUCAAACAGGGAACCCAAUCAAGUUUUCCCGACAAACAUGAAUUGCCUGCAAAUCUUUUUUAAUAAUAACAUUUUGUAAUCUUUUUUAC